UCUUUGAUGUGACGUCAUGACAGAUUUCAAGAUGGCAGCUCCCAGGCCUCAAGUCGCACUUCGUGGAAAAGAGGGCUUGUGGAUGGUACACGGUCCACCUGAUUUCAGAGAAAAUGCCCAGUUUCCCAGGGACAGCAGUGUUGCCUGCAGGGUCAUGGCGUACAGCCCCGAUGGCACGCUGUUUGCGUGGUGUAAUGGUCAGAGCACCACCGUGAUCAGAGUCGCAGACUGGGUGGUCGUCCAGCAGAUCCCAACCAACAGGACAGCUCAGCUCGGCUUCUCCCCUCGUGGGACCUACCUUGCCACUUGGCAGCAGUACCACGCCAUCAAAGACAACCCAGCAGCCAGCUACAAUUUGCAUAUAUGGAACCUAGAAACAGGGAAGAGCGUCAAGGCAACCAUUCAGAAGAAACGAGCUCUCUGGAGACCACAGUGGACAUCGGAGGAAUCAGUCUGUGCUGUUUUUGCCAGCGGUGGAGUUCACUUCUACAGAGAUCAUGAUUUUGAAAAUAUAACUGCGAGGCUGACACUCCCAAGAAUGGAAGGCUGCGUCUUGUCAGAGGGGGAAGCUCCGCCCACAGUUGGUGCCUACGUGCCUGUCAUAAAGGGGACCCCAGCCUUCGUGAGGCUGUACAGGUACCCCAACCUCGGGGGCGAAGGCUCUGCCCUAGCCAGCCGAAGCUUCUUCAAGGCCGAUAGCAUUCACAUGCUGUGGAACAAGAAAGGAACCGCCCUGCUGGCGAUGGCGAGCACCGACGAGGACAAAACGGGCCAGUCGUAUUACGGAGAGCAGUCGCUGCACUUCCUAGAAACCAACGGAGAAGGGUGUGCCGUGACGCUACCCAAGAAAGGACCCAUUUACAGUAUAGACUGGAACCCUAACUCUAUGGAUUUUUGUGUUGUAUACGGCUUCAGCCCCGCCAAGGCCACGCUCUUCAACCUGAAGUGCGAGCCCAUUUACGACUUUGGCACGGGGCCACGGAACUGUGUCUACUAUAACCCACAAGGCACCGUUCUUUGCUUGGCUGGUUUUGGAAACCUCAGAGGAAAAAUGGAAUUCUGGGGGCGGGGUUCCCUGAAAUUGGUGAGUAGGAUGCAGGCUGAUGACUCGACGCAGUUUGAGUGGAGCCCGGACGGAGAACACUUCCUGACCGCCACCUGCGCGCCACGCCUUAGAGUGGGCAACGGCUACAAGUUUUGGCACUACUCCGGCCGGUUACUCAACGAAUUCUCCGUCCCCAGGGACAAGGAACUGUGGGAGGCUGUCUGGCAGCCGUUCCCUGCCGGAACCUUCCCGGCAAAGCCCAUCAUCAGCCCCCAAGUGGCGGCGACCCAGGCUGAACCCAAGCCAGCCCCCUACAGACCUCCCAAUGCGACCGGUGCCUCCACCGUCAAGUUCAGGGAAGAGGAAGCCCCCGAAGCCGUGUCAGACAAGGCUCUCUCAAAGAAUGCACUGAAAAACAAGAAGAAGCGAGAAGCCAAGGCAAAGGCCAAGAAGGAAGAGCUGGUUGGAUCACCUCUUGAUCCUCGUUCAGCUGAGCAGCGAGACGCCUUGGCCAUGGCCUCUUACGUCCUGGGGCCAGCCCAGAACACCCCAGUCACCCCACCCUCACUGCAGGAUGCCACAAUCCCUACCGAAAUCGACAAGAAGAUCAAAAAUCUCCGCAAGAAAUUGAAGGCGAUUGAGAAACUGAAGGAGCAGAAAGCAGAGGGGAAAACGCUGGAGGCCAAUCAACUCUCAAAGAUCGAAGGAGAAGCAGUCAUCAUUCAGGAAUUGCAGGAGUUGGAAUUGAAUGGCUGAAGUCAGGGAUUAUUCACACUUCUCAAGUUAAUUUUUCUUCCCCCAAGUUUCAGAGGUUGCCAGCAUGACCAUCAUUGAAGUUACCAAUGACCUUUUAAGUCUCUGAAAGAAGAAAUUAUAUGCGCCAAUUUAAUUUGGAGGAGGUGGUUUGAAUCUUGCAUUUUCUUCUUGGAUAAAGUUCUUGUUGCCAUGUUAACAGUUUUUCACCACUUGUCAACAGAGGUCGCUGUUUCUAUUAAUUGUGUCAGUUUCCCAUUAUGCCAUUGGGAACCUCGGGCAAUAAUUCAUUGCGGAUAAUGAGGGCCUCCUACGUUGUGUGAUGGACAUUUGUACAAGCGGAGGCUUUCGGUAUGAUGUCAGUUUUUUCUUCUGUGCUGUUCCCUCGAAAUUCGAAUAUCAUUUGCCUCUUUCAGCACCAAUAAAUAAAAUGCACCAGGUUUUGUGAAUUUUAGAACUGUUUCCCCCCUUGCAUGAUUAGCAUUAUAUUCACUCUUAGCGGGCAGAAACUUAGUUUAAUGAAAAAGAACGAAGUGCAUUCUCCAUUUACUUCUGCACAGAGUUUUUUCUGUAUCUGGUUCCUGUGGCUGCCAAACAUGAAAGCUGGCCAUUUUUGGUCUCCGCAUCAGAGGCACCAGACUGUUUGCUUUAAGCUUGUCAUCAGCCAAGUUUAAAUUACGUGGCACCGUCUGACAGUAAUAAAUGUGUAUGCAAGAUGCAUGAAGCCCUUAGCUUGUGGCUGUCAAAGGCGUGUGUGUUCAUGGCCAGCCGUAGCCAAGUGAUUCAGACAAGGGUAUUAAAAUAAUCAACAGAUACGUAUUUUUCAUUUGGUGACUGGUCCCAGUCACUUUUUGAUGUUGCCCCGGUAUUCCACAUGAUUUUUUUUGGGAGGGGGGGGGUAUUUGUAAGCAUUAAUAAAGACACAGAUAUAUUUAUGUAAUGUGUCCUACUUAAUUUGUAGUAAUUAGUUCUAAAAAACUAUUUGGUUUGAUUCA